CUAAAGUUACAACAAUUGCUCAUUAAACGGAACACGAUCGAUGAGCUCGAAGCUCUACUCACGUUCCGGCGUAUUUGUCUGGAGUCCACGUGGAAUUCAGAAAAAGGGCUUAAUUGUUGCUGAUUUCGCUCAGUUUUUUGACCCGACUGCAACAUCAAUCGAACCAAAGAUCGAUUUUUUGCCAGCAAGUGAGAUAUAUGAAAAAUCGAAUUUGGCCCCGAAUGUGUCGCAUGCCACUAAUUAUCGAUUCAAUGAAUUAGCCUGGACUUCUCUGUGUUCCGAUGCACAUCCGAACGGAAUAAUUGCUGGCGGUACAGAGGACGGAACUGUGGUAUUUUUUGAUGCUGAUAAAUUUAUCAAGAAUCAAUCACUAGAAGUUCUUCUUUCUCGAAGAGAUCAUCAUGGGCAUGUUCUCACUAUUGAUGUUUCCAGGGACGGCAGAUGGAUGGCUUCUGGUGGAGGCUCAGGACAAAUUCUUCUCUGGGAUUGCGCAAAUCUGAAAACACCAUUCUCUCCCGGUUCGCCAAAUUUCCCAGAUCAAGUGAAACUUCUUCGCUGGAACUUGAAGAACGAGUCUGUGUUUGCUUCCAUAUCGUCCAGAAGAGUCAGUUUUUGGGAUUUGAGAAGAAAUGGAUCGCCGGUGUUAGAAUUCGCAGAGAUUCCUGGCUGUGAUUGGUCUUCGCUCUCUUGGAAUCCUUCGGACGCCUCACAACUUAUAGUUUCCAGCCAAUCUCAACACGCCUCUGUUAUUCAGAAAUGGGAUUCGAGAUUCACUUCAACACCAGUUAAAGAAUACAGACAUCAUAAUAUGGGAAUUACGAGUGUUGACUGGAACAAAGCUGAUGAUCGUCUUGUAAUUUCAUCUGGCUGUGAUGGACAAGUGGUUAUAUGGAAUCACGAAACAUCUGAGGUGCUUGGAGGUGUUGGAAGUCUUCAAGGAGACUGGAUCCGAAAUGUUAAAUGGAAUGAAGAGGAGCCAUCACAAUUUGCUAUUCAAUAUUUCCAACAUCCUGUUCAAAUAUCCUCAUUGACUAGUCUUGGAUCUCCGCAACCAGGAGCCGAUGUACUUGCCGCUAGGAUCUCCGAUCAAUUUGUUCCUGCAUGGCACCGUGCUCCCUUAAUUGGCUCAUCAAUAGCAUUAGGUGGACGGUUGGCAACAUUCUGGAAGUCCUACGAUGCAAUGACCCAACAAUGGCACCAUAAUGUGGAAAUUGAAACGAUAGUUCCAGAAAACGAUGUUGGUGUCAACGACAUUGCUCAGUAUCUACAUAUUAAGGAUGAUAAACGAAACUUAGGAUGGUAUCUUCAUGAGAGAGCAUAUGCCCCAUCAAGCGAUACUUCAGAAGAAGCAGAUCUUACACGAAAAGUUUGGCUUAUUCUUCUCGCGCUACAGGAAGGAGCUGGACGCACAAAGAUGCUAAAUUAUUUAGGACUUGUAGAAUCACAGGAUGAGGAGUUUUCCGAGAAGAACGCAGCAUCAGCAGUCUCAAAUCCAAAUAUUCAACCUACGGCAAUACCUGAUAGAUCUGCUCGUUCAACUUCUGUUGUUUCCGGCGCAGACACUGACAUUGAUAUUCCGGAAGUAACAGUCAUUGAAAGAUGUUCUAGUGUUAAUUGGUCGACUUUGGAUAACUCAGGAUGGGAUCUUCUUCUUCAUACAAUUCGACAAGAUCAUCUUGAAGUCAUUCGUGUUCUAAUCUCCUCAAAUCAACACGUAGCCGCAAUGAUGUACGCUGCUCAACACGAAACAGAUCAUUUGGCAAUGAUUCUUGAUGAUUAUAAUAAAAAAUUCAACAACUCGAGUCCUCUAUCUUCUAUAAUUCUUGCACUUUCAUCGUCCUCGUCGGCUAACAAAACAGAAAUCACUCCUUCAAAGCAAUCAUCUGAACAAGAGGUUUCUCAGCAAAUUGGAAGUAUUCUCCAAACUUUCCCCGAUCAAAAGUGGUCAGAGCUUCUUGGCUUCAUAAUUGCUCACGAAUCAAAUGCGACAGAUAUCAGAUUAGCAGCAAAAUGCAUUGGAAAGCGAUGGUUGGAACAAGGAAAACCUCUCCGUGCUUGUAUUGCUUUUUUGAUUGCCGGAGACAUUGAUCAUCUCUUACUUGCCAAUACAUCCUUCACACUAGUGGAUCGACUGAAACAGGCUUUAAUACUUCAUCAAGUAUCGAAAGGUGCCAAGUAUUCGGAUGGAUUAGAGAAGCUAAUCAUGAACUUCGCCAAUGAACUUCUCAUUCAAGGCGCAGGUUCCGUCGCAUGGAAUUUGGUUAAGUGGUCUCAAAAUGGUUCUGCUGAAAUGCAAGAGCUUCAAUGGACUUGCUAUAAUGUUGCCGGAGGUCGAGAUUGUACAGGGGAUCAACCACCAUUUAAUCCGUUUGAUGUCGCUCUACCUAGAGCUCAACAGCCACCCAUUGUUCAACCGACACGGACAUAUCAACAACCGGCACCUAUUCCCCCACCGAAUCUCGUAAAUGGUUUUAACCCGUAUAAUCCAUCUCAUUCUCAAUGUCCACCACCUCCUAUGGAUUACUCGAAUAAUCGAAGAAAUUCCAAUUUGACACCAAUGCCACCAUCUUCCACUUUUUAUCAGACACCAUCAUGGGAUCAUAAACCACCACCAACAAUGCCAGCGAACAUGCCACCAUCUAAACCAGUUGCUCCAGUUACUCCCGGUUGGAAUGAUCCUCCUCCAAUGGCUUUGAAGCCUACCACUGUUGCCCAGCCAAAGCAAAAUGUGAUGGAAAUCAAUUGGAAACCUAUAGAAACUGCCCAAGCUCCUGGUGGAAUGAUGACUGGGCAGCAGUUGAACGGAUUUGCAGGAGGGUAUCAAAAUGUGAUGACUAAUGGAAUUCAAGGAAUGAGUAUUCACAAUCAACAAUCAUCUGCAGCGUCUUCAGCUUUUCCAUCUCCAAACUCUUAUCAACAGAGACCGGCUUCUGCAGCAUCCGUUGUAGCUCCAGCUCCAAUCCAAUUAUCACCGGAAGAUGAGAAAAUUAUUGAACCCAUUAAUACAUUGGCUCAGUGUAUCAUUGAAAAUGCCAGAAUUCAGGCUAGAAUGGAAAAAGCUCAGGAUUUGAGAACUCGUAUUCAGGCAGAGCUCUCACCGCGUCUUGCUGCGAAUAGGUUGUCUCCCGAAUCGAAGCAGCAUCUAACUCAUAUGGCUUACUUUGUUUCCAUGCGGCAGAUUCGUGAAGCUCAAGCAGUUGUGGCACAAAUGGCACGGAAUUCAGGAGAUUUUGUUGAGAUUUCGUCGUUCCUUCCGGCUCUAAAGUCGCUUCUUUCGCUCGCCUCUCAUUAAUCUUCUCCGCGUCAUAAUGAGAGUGUUGCCUUCAUUGUUAUGUGAUUUUGAUUAUCAAUUAUCAAAAAUGCCAACAUUUUGAAUAUAUUAUAUUUCAUUUGCUUCGUGUGUAAAAUCGUGUAAACUGUUUUGUCCCAAAUAAUUAUUGCGUGUAAUACGACUUUCCAAUACCCCCAAAAAUUCCUGCCAAUACUUAAAAUUAGAUAUUGCUUUAUAGUCCCAAAUUUUCUUACUGCUUUGUAAUCAUUCUUUGUUGUAGUCAUAAUAUUUAUUUAUUCGAUUUUAAAGUACUUUAUAAAUAAACGAGUUUUUUUCCC